AUCCGCUUUGGGGAGUCUAUCAUUUUAUUGCUGCGUAAGCCGCAAAACAUCCAGGAUAUUCGAGAAGAAGCUGCGAUUAUUACCUCCGUUACGUCCACGUCCGACGAAAUGAGAAAUACUGCAAUAGCCGGUGUUGCAGCGUUGGCUAUAUUGGCAGAACCACCUACAGUGGAGAAGAUCGUCAACUACCUUUUUGAGCAACUGAGUGUGGCGAAAUCUUCCGAGCAGCGCGUAUCAAUUCUGGAGGGAGUAGCUUGUUGUGCAGGUGCGAAGAAUGCGAGUUCGUCGGCUCUUGAAAAUGUCGCAAAUGGCGUCAUUGUAAAGACCACCAGUCCCGACAAAGAAGCACAUGAGAAUGUUGUGGUGGCCCAGUGGAAUUCCGCGUUUUCCUGGUCUAGGCGGCUUAGUGGCAGUUCUGCUGCACUUGCCUCUGCAUUCAAGGCCGCGCCUCUUCUUCUAUCUGCGGUUCGUCAUAUUGGUUACCGUACUCUGGCCAAAAUUUUCACUAGAUGUGAGAUGAAAGCAUUGCCGGCAGAAUCUGAGAAGCAGCUAUGGCAGGAGUUUGACGCUGUACUCAAGGAACCCCUGCAAUUUGUUUCAUUAUCUCUCCUACUGCUGAAAAGCUCUAAUGCCGGUACAGCGAAUCACUCAAAGGUGUGGGAGAAGGUUUCUGUCUAUGACGGAGUUCUGAAGGACAGGGCUCUUUCUGCAAUGUCUACGGAUGAUGCCUUGGCAUGGAUUGAUCUCACCGAAAAAAUGAUUCUCGAAAGGCCGAUCUCGAAUUCACCUGGUUCCUACCCUCCUAUGUGUCUAAAAUCGCUAACGAUCCUACUCUUCUGGCCUCAUUGGCAAGUGAGGAAACGCUCUCUCCGCGUCUGGAACGAAUCCUCGACACAUACACUACGCAAAGUUAUGCAGUGUCAUCAAGACCCACUGUCAUUUUCGGUUCCCGGCGAGUGGUACGUGCAGGUUCUGAGAUUGCUGCUUACGCCGAAAGGACCGGAAAUGGAAAAGCUCGCCAUCCACACGUUGCUGUUGGCUUCGAUCCAGAGACUAGUGGAGGUCGAUGGGUCGGUGUGGUUGAGGUGGAUGCACGGACAAGCUAGUACUGCUCAUUUAGAGACGAGCGAUCUCUUCAAGGAAACAGCCAUCAGUUUGGUUCUCCGUUGCCCUGAUCGAGGCGUUCGGGACAAUGCUCUGAUAACGCUGGUGGCAUUGAAUUUUCCGUCUGUACGUGACGCGCUUUGGAGUCACAUAGAAAAGAAUAUAGCUGAAUUAGACGUUGGCGAGUACGUACGUAUCCCUGAGAAGCACGUAUUGAUCUACCAGUGUUCUGAAGGACAUCUCUACAACACAGAAGUGUUAGAAUUUGACGAAGGCGAAAUCACCUACAAUAUGCGUCGAGAGAAUAAAGCGUAUAGCUUCCGCGAUCAGUUGGCAGAAAUUCAACUCCGAAGAGAGCUCGCCGAAAAGAAAAGAAAAGAGGGGAAGUUGACCGCUGCUCAAAAGCAAGUGAUGGAAAAGGAACUGGCAAAAGAGAAGGUGAUAAGGGAUGAAAUGCGUCAAAUGUACGUUGUUGCUGAAGUGAAAUUAGAUGAAGCUCGAGCAAUGGUGGCUGCUGAUCACGUCGGAGCAAUGAUUCGGACAAGCCUACUUUUCGACUACUGUAUCCCACUAACUCGAAGCUAUCUCGUCAGCAAAAAUGCCGCAGAGCUAUUCUUUGCAUAUCGUGAUAUUGCUUUUCCUCACACUGAGGACUAUUUGGACGAGUUACUGGGAAGUACCAUUCUUCGAGUGAUUGGCGCUCACUGGCAUGUGGCCAACUGGCACGAUGAGCCACUGAAUUCAGCUCUCCAGCGGAGUCUCCAGCUGCUAAAUGAGCGCGCCUUCAUCGUGGAGACUGGAGAUGACGAUGAUUCAUUCAUUUUCGAAGAUAUCGUUGGUGCUACUCAGUUAACAGUGCUUUAUCCGAUGAUACGCGAAAUUCUUUCGCCUUCUAGCCAUUUUAGCGAUGAUAUUAGAGAAGCUACUCUGACACUCUUGCAAAACGCUAUUCAUCGACGUUUCUUGAAGGAUAAUGCCGUAUUGCAAUUGCCGAUGAACGAAUACGCAUCACUCUUGCUCUCGGAAUACGCAAGGAAUCUAUCGUCCCACUCGCGGCAGGCACUACUGCAACUUGUCAGCCUUGCAAACGAGACAGAAGAUACUGGGCCACGCGUCGUCAGUCUUGCUAGGAGUACGCUAGCCUAUCUCGACAAUGAUAGCUGCGACUUACGAGAGAAUGUCAUCAAGGUUUUGUCAGCACCACAGCUGUUAACUCGCCUCGUGUUGUCAUCGGACGACAGCCGGUUUGCUAUUGAAUGCCUUGUUCGUGUGUUUGUGGCUCGCUUUGACCCUGUUGAGGCUGUGGCUGAACAAGCGUCUCAAUUAUGGUAUGCAUCAGUGUUCCACUUGAGACCCGAAAUGGCUGAACCGCUUAUUGAUAAGUGCGUCUCCGAGGUCUACACUGACUUGGCUAAAAUUCGUCCACCAAUUUUCGAUGAGGUUGGUCGGAUGGUCUCGGAUAGUGUGGAUGAAUGGGCGAGACGUAGUGGAGUUGGUCGAGUUCUAGGACGUUUGGCAGAUCAUGUAGAAGCCAAGGAUGCAAUGCAAUUCAUCAAAUUGGUUGUUCCACAAGGGCUUGGUGACCGUCACGCUGAUUGUAGAAACGGGAUGCGAGAUGCGGCCGUUGAAGUAAUUCGAAAGCACGGUCGAGCCGUCAUGAAUGAUUUACUGCCAUUCCUAGAACAACUAUCGGAUUCCACACCAAGUGGAGGAGAGCAUGACAACUUGAGACAAGGAUUGGUUGUGCUUCUCGGAACCCUUGCUCAAUACCUCGAUCCUUCUUCUGAUAAAGUCCGUGACAUUGUAGCUCGACUGAUGGAAGCACUCUCCACUCCCAGUCAACCGGUUCAAGAAUCGGUGUCGAGAUGUCUUUCACCAUUGGUUCCGGCGAUUCGAGACACAGUGAAGACGUUGAUACAAAAACUGCAAUGGCUGUUGUUCGAAGCUGACUCUUAUGGUGAACGUCGUGGUGCUGCCUACGGCAUAGCUGGAAUUGUCAAAGGAAUGGGUGUGUCUUCACUCAAGGAACUGGACCUUCUACCAGCGAUUCAAAAAGCGCUGCUGGAGAAGAAAAACGCUAAACAUCGCGAGGGUGGCCUUCUUGGCUUCUGGAAAUCUUAUGCAGCACCGUUCGGUAAACUUUUCGAGCCGUACAUGAUCCAAGCAUUGCCAUCGUUACUGCUUUGCUUCGGAGAUAGCGAUGAAAGUGUCCGCAGAGCUGCUGAGGAUACUGCUGUGGCCAUGAUGUCGUCAAUGUCACCUCAUGGUACGAAGCUGGUUCUUCCUUCGCUACUGACAGCACUUGACGAUGAGUCUUGGCGAACGAAAUGCGCGGCGACUGAGUUACUUGGUUCCAUGGCAUUCUGUGCUCCACGACAACUGUCUGCAUGUCUACCUAAUAUUGUGCCAAAACUAAUCGAAGUGUUGGCAGAUUCCUCGUCCAAGGUUCAAAGAAGUGGUGAAAAAGCCCUUAGACAGAUCGCGAGUGUCAUCAGAAAUCCAGAAAUCCUGGGAGUUUCGAAUCAGCUGAUUUCGGGAUUGUUGGAUCCGGCCAACAAAACCAAUUAUGCCUUGCAGGCUGUUCUGAAUACCAAAUUCAUUCCACUACAUCGAUGCACCGUCACUUGCGCUUAUUAUGCCGAUAGAAACAGUGAGACACGAAAAGUAGCUGCACAGAUCAUUGCGAACAUUUAUACGCUCACUGAACACAAGGAUAUGGAGCCCUACAUGUGCGAUUUGGUGCCAGGACUGCAAAAGUCGCUGCUUGAUCCCGUGCCAGAAAUCCGAACAGUGGCAGCUCGUGCGCUUGGAGCGAUUGUGGCAAAAUCUACAGGUGCAACCAGCGAAAAACUACGUGGAAGUAUUGUGCCUUGGUUGAAAGAGAAAUUGGUUUCUCCGCAUUCGACUGUCGAUCGUUCUGGAGCAGCUCAAGGUCUCUGCGAAGUACUGGCUGGCAUCGGCUCCGAACAGCUCGAGUUCGUUAUGCCCGAAAUUAUUGCUGCCACUGAGAGUACAGAGGUCACUGCUGAAACCCGAGAUGGCUACAUUCUUAUGUACAUCUAUCUACCAAUGGUGUUUGGAGAAAAUUUCCUACCGUACCUGCCACAAAUCGUGCCGCCCAUUCUCAAAGCUCUAGCUGACGAAAACGAGCAGGACAGAGACUCAUUCGCUCAGUACUGUUCACAUGCCCGACGUCUGCUUCUGCCGCAAUUGCAGAGCGCCCUUCACGACGAGAACUGGAGAAUUCGUCACGCUUCAGUGCAGCUUAUCGGAGACUUCCUGUUUACUAUAUCAGGGGUAUCGGGCAAGAGUACAUCGUCAACCGCGAAUGAAGAUGAUACCAUGGGUAUGGAGCACGCAGGCAAGAGCAUUGUGCGAGCUCUUGGACAACAGUGUCGUGACAGCGUUUUGGCUGGUUUAUAUCUGGCAAGAUCCGACGUUGCCUUAAUCGUUCGUCAAGCGGCUGGCCACGUCUGGAAGAUUGUGGUAGCAAAUACACCACGUACCCUCAAGGAAAUCAUGAAAGUUCUGUUCGAA